CAGCUUCAGUUCAGAGCAGCCCGACAAGAAAAGACUGAGGAGGACUGUGUCGGAGCGUAUCGCAGGAAACGCGUUACCAAAUUCCCCACAGCAUUGCUCCAACGAGUAUCCAUGUAGUCAGCUGGUACACGAACUCCUGGCAGUUGGGGGGAUGUGGGAUUCCUGUCUGUGACCCGGAGGCACAUGCUGACCAAUGAUGGGAAAGUUUUACCUCCUGCAAUGCCCGCCGGCGCCACUGAGAUGACCCCAGGAGGAGUGAAAUGUGGAUGAUAGUGUGAGCCAGGAGAAUUUAACAUUUGGGCCAAGAUAUCCUCACGCUGAGCCAAAAAGAAACCUUUUCUUGUUUUUGCAAAAAAAUAACAAAACAUACACUCACACACACUCAGUCGCAAUGCUAAUGCCAGGGCCGUUGUGGGUGUGCCUGGCUCUGAUAUGGGUAGGAAGCUGCAGUGCCCACAGCCUGUUUACCUGCGAGCCCAUCAAAGUGCAUCGGUGCCUGGGGAUGCCCUACAACAUGACUUUCUUCCCCAACAUGAUGGAGCACUACGACCAGGAUAUUGCAGCCAGCAAUAUGGAGCCAUUCAUGCCCCUGGCAAACCUGCGCUGCUCUCCAGACGUCCACCAUUUCCUGUGCCAAGCCUUUAUCCCAGCAUGCACUGAGGAGAACAAAGUGAUCCGUCCAUGCAGAGAGCAGUGCGAGGUUGUCCUGUCCGACUGCGAGGAGAAUAUCCGAAUCUUUGGUGUCACCUGGCCACCUGAGUUACAGUGUGACAAACUAGACCCUUGUAGCUCCCCUGAUGGUUCGGCACUUCCUGCAACCACCCCAAUGAGCUCCUCAUCAGCUAAGAGGGACCUUGGCUUCUGGUGCCCACUGCAGCUGAAGACCAAGCCGGGCCACGGAUCGUCGUUCCUGGGCGCCCAGGACUGUGCUCCACCUUGCUCCAACAUGUACUUCAAACCCCAUGACAUUGAAUUUGCCAAGAGCUUCAUCGGCGUGUGCUCCAUCGUCUGCUUGGGCGCCACGCUCUUCACCUUUCUCACUUUCCUCAUCGACGUGAAACGUUUCCGCUACCCAGAGCGUCCCAUAAUCUUCUACGCCGUCUGCUACAGCUUUGUCUCGCUCAUAUACUUCAUUGGUUUCCUGCUGGGGAAUAAUGCAGCCUGUACCAAAGCGUCUCAUCCUGCCGGUGUGGAUACAGUGGUGCUGGGCUCCCAGAGCAAAGGCUGCACUCUGCUGUUUAUGCUGCUCUACUUCUUCUCCAUUGCCGGUAUCGUCUGGUGGGUCAUACUCACCAUCACCUGGUUCCUGGCAGCUGGACCCAAGUGGAGCUGUGAGGCCAUAGAGAAGAAAGCUGUGUGGUUCCACUCUGCUGCGUGGGGGAUCCCCGGGGCGCUAACUGUCAUGCUGCUGGCCCUGAACAAGGUUGGGGACAACAUCAGCGGGGUUUGCUUUGUGGGGCUCUACGACCUGGACGCCCUGCGCUACUUUGUUCUGGCUCCCCUGUGUGUGGGCGUCAUAGUGGGCCUCUUCCUCAUCCUAGCGGGCAUCGUUUCUCUCAACCACGUCCGGCAGGUCAUCCAGCAUGACGAGCGCAACCAGGAGAAGCUGAAGAAGUUCAUGAUCCGCAUCGGUGUGUUCAGCUGCCUCUACCUGGUCCCGCUGGUCACCCUGUUAGCCUGCUAUACCUACGAACAGAGUCACCGCAGCACCUGGGAGAAUACUUGGAUCAACGACCGCUGUCAAGAGUACAGCAUCCCGUGCUCCUACAAGGCAACAGAGCUCCACCGUCCUGACCUCUCCCUGUUUCUGGUGAAAUACUUAAUGACCCUGGUGGUUGGAAUAUCUGCAGUGUUCUGGGUCAGCAGCAAAAAGACCUGCUCUGAGUGGGCCUACUUCUUUAACAGGACCCGCAAGAGAGAUCCCAUCAGCGAGAGCCGUCGGGUGCUCCAGGAGUCCUGCGAGUUCUUCCUGAAGCACAACAGCCGUGUCCAGCACAAGAAGAAGCACUACAAGCCGAGCUCCCACAAGCUCAAGGUCAUCUCAAAGUCCAUGGGCACAAGCACUGGCGCUGCGCCCACCAGUGCCUCCGCCACUGCCGCCACAACCAACCAAGGGACCUCUGCGCUGGGCAAUCACGAGCCUCAUGUGCAAGGUUCUCUGUCUGAGGCCUCAGCCAGGGAGCACCUGGACAGGGGCACCUCCAGCCGAAGCUCCAGGAGGGGGGAGAGGGAGAGAGAGAGGGAGGGGGGAGAGAGGCGUAACAAAGGCGGGAACUCCAGUAAGGUCAGCAGCCGCUCAGAGAGCAUGCACAGAGUCCCAGAUGGGAGGAUGACUCCAAGGAGCGAGCUGUCGGAGGCCAGGCAGGUCCUCAGUGGACAACAGCAUCCAGCUUUAAACCUAUCACACAGCAGCAGCAUCCAGGACCCCACCCACCAGCUGGUGCACCAGGUGCCUGAAGAGAGAAAGGAUGCGAAGGACAGCAGCUGCUGAGAUAUCUGCCCCUACCCCCCCAAAUGUAUCUGCGCAUCCAUCCAUCCACCCUUGAAACCACUCAGACAACAGUCACACUCGCUGCUGGUUCAUAUAAUCUGUUUUAAAGCACAGCACCCAUUUGUUAUACAUCAUAUAACCUUCAUGAAGCAGGUGAUGCAUGCAUUGGUUACAUUGUCAUCAGUAAAGGUUCAUUGCCAUAAAUAUGUUACAUACCUUGAGUAUUUCUAAUGCGGUAUGUUUGGACCAGAAUAUGUGGGUCUCAGCAGAGAAUCCAAAGGCGUUGGAUUAUUUAGUUUGGGUGACGGCAGUGUCUUUCAGCUUUACUGAACUUUUGGCCAUCUAGCAUAUACUGGACCUGAAUGUUGCAGCAGCACAGCUAUCCACCUAUACGUCUACCAAUGGUCAUUUCAUUUUGUAGCAUGCAUUAAGUCUUAGGUCUACUGUUUUGUAGAUUGCUAGCUUUAUGACAUAGAAUACAUACUAGUAAACAAAUGCAAUAUUUAUGUAAAUAUUCUGUUUUUUAGAAAGUCUUUCACUGGACUAGUUGCUACACUGAGAGUCUUGUUAAGAAACGUUAUGAUAUUGCCAAACAUUCAACUUGAGGUGAGUCUUCCUGUGGUGAACUGUUUUUUGAAUGUCUUAUUAUUCCCGGAAAGAUGGACACAUCAUGUGCUACUUCAUCGCUCCUUUGGAAAAAAAAAAAAGCAUACUCUUAAACUUGAUAGACUUUUAGACAAUUUUGAAUUUGUGAUUUUCCUUUGGCAGAGUAUUCUUUCAGAAAAUGUACUUUAACUUUAUUUCAGUGUUCCUACUUGUUUCUGUUGUAGAAACUCUUACUGUAGAGAGUUGUCCUGUGAGCGCUGAUAAAGUAUAGCUUUAUAGUAUUCUACAAGAAUGUACCUCCCUGUGAGUAGUUCCUCCUCUUCAAAGAAUCUACAGAUGUUUUGCAUGCGUGAUGUCUACCUGUGUUCUCUGUGUAAUUUCAUGCGAUUUGAAAUCAAAUUUGAGAGAAGCAAAUCAAACAGGCUUUGCACUAUAUGUCAUUAGAAGCACAAACGACUAAUUAUUAAGUAUGAAUAGUCAUAAACAAACACAAAAAGAGAAUGUGUGGCUAUUUUCAGGGCUUAUUUAUAACAUAUGGGUCACAGACCAUAUAUUUCUCCUUCAAGUACUGCCAGAACUACUUCUGUGAGUUAUUUGAAACUGUCUUACUGUACUGUCUUAUGUUGCUGUGUAAGGGAUUUAUUCCUCCCUUAAGUUCUUUUACCUUUCACAUUUGGGAGUCAAUUCAAAUAACAUUUAAUGAAAAGGGAAUUCUUGGCAGUCUAUUUCUGUUGUUCUACAUGUAGCCUAUAUUCUUAUUCAUGAUGUGGACUGGGGGAUCUAGGUUAUGGAUUUAGACUUAGUGGAGUCUAUGAAAUGUUCUGUACAACUUUUGUGAGCCGUUUUUCUAUUUUUAUUUUUUUUUACUGUAGCCUAUCUUGUCAGCUGAAUUUUUUAUCAAUCCAAUUUCAUUUGAAUAAAACACAAUUGAAUUUAAAAAAAAA